AUGCCAAAGAGCACAGACUACCGGCCGCAUGAGGGCAAGUUUGGUAUCAUAACUGGCGGCUCAAGAGGUAUCGGAGCUGCCGUAGCUCAGAAUCUCGCUGCCAAAGGGUGCUCUCUCCUUCUCGUCUACACGUCCGACUCUUCCACCGAGCCAACGCAAGCACUUUGCAAAGAACUCUCUGAAGCAUACGAUGUCCUUUGCUUCCCAGUGCAAGCCGACCUUGCAGAACCAACUCGCAGCAUCCCGCAUAUCCUAGCCACAGCAAAGAAUCACUUUUCACACCCUAGGACGGGCACGUUCCAGGUGGACAUUAUUAUAAACAACGCGGGCAUCGCCGGGAACAAACUGUUGAAUGAUCCAGACAUGGGCGCCAUUGAAGAGACACAGUUCCGACAGCAAUACAAUGUGAAUGUCCUUGCGCCAUUGUUGCUGGUUCAAGCAUGUCAACCGUACUUCCCCAAAGACCGAUCCGGGCGCAUUGUCAACGUAUCGAGCGUGUCUGCGUCAAUCGGGUGUGAGUCACAGUCAAUAUAUGCCGGGACAAAGGCGGCGCUGGAAGCCAUGACCCGGGUUUGGGCCAGAGAGUUGGCGGAAAACUGCACGGUCAAUGCCAUCAACCCAGGCCCCGUUUGGGGGGACAUGUACAGUCUUGCGGGCGAGAAGUUUUGGAAAACAAACCAGAAAUAUGUAGACAGUGCACCACUGAUGGACUACAAAGGAGGUGACGACGCGAUCAGAGCACGGGCGGGAGGCGAUCCCGAGGAAUAUGACCGCAUGGUAUUGCAGGGUAUGGGUGGUAAGAGGCCAGCUUUCACUGACGAAAUUGCGGGCGUCGUCGGUAUGCUCUGCUCCGAAGAGAGCGGAUGGACGACAGGCAGUGUGAUUUGUGCCAACGGCGGCAUGAAAAUGUCAAUAGCAUAA